UUGUUGAUUCAAGAAAACACUUUCUACAGCUCAAAGAUUUCUUGACGCCAACUCUCUCUUCUUUCUAAACAUAUAUUUACAAACAAUUUCAUACUAUAAAAAGCCUUACAAAGAGUUUGUUUCUUUCAGGAAAAGAGAGAGAGGGAGAUAUUAAAUAUGGCUGCCUGGAAUUCAAAUCCUCUUCAUAUAACCUAUCAAGUCUUUGGUUGGAUAGCCUUUGGUUCUUGGUCUGUCAGUUUCUAUCCACAAGUCAUCUUGAAUUUCCGACGGAAAAGUGUGGUCGGAUUGAACUUCGAUUUCGUAGUGCUAAAUUUGACCAAACAUUCAGCCUACUUGGUAUAUAAUGCUUCUAUGUACUUUAGCUCUGCUGUCCAAAAGCAAUACUUGAAUAAGUAUGGCCAUAAACAGAUGAUACCUGUGGCAGUCAACGACGUUGCGUUUUCAAUACAUGCUGUUACGUUGACAGCAAUUACAUUGUUCCAAAUUGCAAUCUACGAACGUGGACAUCAAAAAGUAUCCAAGAUUGCUAUAUUAAUUGUGAGUAUUGUAUGGAUAGCUGCUGCCAUAUGUUUUUUUGUAGCAUUGCAUCGCCACUCUUGGCUUUGGCUCACUUCCGUCUUUAGCACGAUUCAAAUUUGUAUGACAAUUAUCAAGUACAUUCCCCAGGCAAUAAUGAACUUUAUGAGAAAAAGCACAGAUGGGUUCAGUAUUGGGAACAUUUUGCUUGAUUUUUUUGGAGGUGCGACUAAUUAUGCACAAAUGGCUACACAAUCUAUAGACCAACAUUCAUGGGUCAACUUCUAUGGCAACAUUGGAAAAACUUUGCUAUCUCUGGUGUCCAUAUUCUUUGACCUUCUCUUCAUGAUUCAACAUUAUCUCAUUUAUCCUGCGAAGAAGAAGAAGCUCUCUUCCCCUAAAGAGGAUGCAGAGCUACGUAAUAGCUCUUUGCGGUCAGAAAAUGUAUGAAUGAAGAUUUAACUCCGUCAAUGUUGUAAGAGAAAGAAAAAAAAAAUAUAUGUACCAUGGCUAUGUUUGCUUGAUU